GGCGGGAAAUAUUAGAAUAGAAAUAAAACAAGUGUUAAAAUCACGUUCAAAUUAAUUUUCACAUGCCGUCGUGUUUAUUACUGAUAAUAUAUAAAAAUAGUAGAACGCUGUUAAUGAAAUCAGUGCAGUGAACUUUUACAUCUUGUGAUUUUGCAGGGAACAAAACGGUAUAAUGGAUCCGCAGUUUUCAUUUCCUUUUCCACCGUAUCCUAUACAAGAAAAGUUUAUGAGAGAGUUAUAUUUUACUAUCGAUCAUGCCAAACUUGGUAUUUUCGAGAGUCCAACUGGAACUGGUAAAUCAUUAAGCAUCUGCUGUGGAGCACUACAGUGGUUGAAGGACAACAACAAACGAAUAAUCAGUGAUUUGGAGUCAGACAUCACGAAGUUGAAAUUGGAAAUAUCUAGCAAUUCUAGUUCUGAUGACUGGCUCCAAGAAGAGUAUGAGAAAAUAAAAAAGAAUCAGGCAUUAUUGGAGCUUCAAAGUAAAUUAGAAAAAAUAAAAAAGAGAGAUGAAAAGUUGAAUGAGAUGAAGACCAGAGUCAAUAAAUUAAAACUGAAUGUAAGCAAUAAGACAAUUGCAAACUAUUUUCAAAAGACAGACAAAUAUAAAAAAGAUACUGAAAAUAAAGAGAAUCUUUCUGAGGUGGAUGAUGAUCUUCUUUUAGAAGAAUUUGCUGAUAAAGGUGAUAGUGAAAAUGAAUCUGAUGUUGAGGAAAUUGAAGAAAAUCAGGAUGAUUGGAUUAAAAUAUUAAUAGGCAGCAGGACCCACAGCCAGUUAUCACAAUUUGUGGGCGAGGUUAAGAGAACAGUGUUCAAAGACACCAGAGUGGUCACAUUGGCGUCCAGACAACAUUACUGCAUCAACACUGAUGUUGCAAGGCUGAAGAAUGUCAAUCUUAUUAAUGAAAGAUGUUUAGAUCUCCAAAAAUCGAAAAGUAAAUCAACAUUAGUAGACUCCGAGGGCCAAGUUUUAAAGAAAACUAAAAUGAAGUCUUGUUCAGGAUGUCCAUAUUAUAACCAGGGGAACAUAACUAAGUUAAAGGAGAGAUUACUUGUGGAUAUAAUGGAUAUGGAGGAGAUAGUGAAGUGUGGCAGAGAAUUGAAGGCGUGUCCGUAUUAUGCUUCUAGAGCAGCAAUGGAGGAAGCUGAGGUGGUGCUAAUGAGUCACGCCGGGGUGGCCAGUUCAGGUGCAAGAACCGGGAUUUCUCUCAAUCUGAAGAACAAUAUCCUAGUUUUGGACGAAGCCCACGGCCUCCCUGCGGCGUUGGAAAACGCUAAUUCCGCUCCGCUGUCCGAGAAACAUUUGUGUUGUGUGAAAACUUGUCUGAAGUUUUAUGUGAACAAGUACAGUUCAAGGUUGAAUAGUAAGAAUCUGUUGAGUUUGAACCAGAUGGGAUUUGUCGUUGGGAGAUUAUUAGGUUUCAUAAAGUCAUCUCAAAGCGACUUGAAGUCGCAAGAAGAGAAAACAAUAUACACAUUAGAAGAUUUCGUCGUAAAAGCCGAAAUAGACCACAUGAAUUUCAGACCGCUUAUAGAUUUCUGUAGAAAAACAAGGUUAGCGCCUAAACUACAUUCGUUUUCUAUGAGGUACAACCAAGAAGUGUUAGAGAGUGAAAUGUUAAAAGAAGAGUGUAAAAAGACCUCAUUUCAAGCGUUCAUGGAGAAUAUUAAAAAGAAAAAAGCAGGAGAAAUUGUCCAGCCAGUAGCGGAAGAAAAGAAGGAAGUAAAAGAAAAAGUAAUGUUGAAAGGGAAUCAAGAAAGUAAAGCCAAUAAGGAGAUACCAUCAGAUAUAUCAGCCGGCACUGGCUUGUACCAAGUGAUGGAAUUCCUAGAACUUCUAUGCGACCGUAGUGAAAAUGGCCGGGUUUUGGUACAAAAAGGGGACAAUCAAGGCGGCAGUUUGAAGUAUUUGCUGCUGAAUCCUACUGGACACUUCUCUGAUGUCAUAAAGCAGUGUCGUUCUGUGAUUCUAGCAGGCGGUACAAUGGAACCUGUAUCUGAAUUUCUAGAACUCCUAACUGGCGACAGCUCUAUGAAUGACAACGUGAACAUAGUUAAAUGCGAACAUGUCGUGCCUAGAGAGAACGUGUUAGCGCUGUGCGUGUCUAAAGGGCCUUCGCAGUUACCACUAAAUUUCUCUUACGAAAAUCGGAUGGCGAAAACCCUUCUCGAAGAAGUAGGCAAGAUACUUCGCAACAUAUGUUCGAUAGUGCCCGGCGGGGUUGUAUGUUUUCUACCGUCAUACAGCUAUGAAGAGGCUGUGUAUCAAGCUAUGGCCAAUAACGGAGUGUUAGACACGAUAAGUAAGAGGAAAAAAGUGUUUCGGGAGCCUAAAUCUGCUAGUGACGUUGAUCAGGUGCUUAACAAAUACGCGUCGGCUGUGAACAAAAGGGAGGGCGAGUUGACUGGAGCUGUAUUGCUCAGCGUGGUGGGCGGGAAGCUUAGUGAAGGGCUGAAUUUUAGCGACGACCUAGGCCGAUGUGUGAUCGUCGUAGGAAUGCCUUAUCCAAACAUCAGAUCUCCCGAACUGAACGAGAAGAUGAAGUAUUUGGACAGAACUGUGGGACCAAAUGCCGGCCAUGUUUAUUACGAGAAUCUGUGUAUGAAAGCUGUCAACCAGUGCAUAGGUCGUGCAGUGAGACAUAUUAACGACUAUGCCAGCGUGCUCUUGGUAGAUGAGAGAUAUUCUAGAACUCAAACUAUUAAUUCAUUGCCAUCUUUUGUACAGAGGUCACUGGUCUCAAAUUGCAACUUCGGUAACACAAUGGGAAACAUAGUGAAAUUCUUUGCAAGGCAUAAACAGAAAACUACCAUGGAAAAUGUAUAAGAAUAAAUAAUUUAUUUACUUAAUAUGAGCU